UUACUUUCAUGUAAUAAUUGAAUUUGUCUAUAUGUGCAAAGAUUAUUAAUCGUCUAUCAACACCUUUCUAUUAUUUUAAUACCAAACUUCAGACUUUUAUUUUAAUUAAAAUUAAUAAAAUUUGUAGUUGUGUAAUUGCAAAUUACAUUGCCGAGUCAAAUGUCGGUAAUGACAAAAUGUGAACGACCUUAUGGGAAAAACGAUCUAAAACAGAUGAUCGAAAGUUGCGGUUGCUGUCCACCAAUGGAUCUACAAUGCCCACCUUGUUCUAUAUCGUACCCGCCUCAACCUGUUUGCUGCUAUACGUGUCCUACUCCACCAUGCAAAUUGGAACCAAAACCUAAUUGUUGUCCACCUAUGCCAGUCACCUGCAUGCCAUGUCCGCCUCGACCUUCACUCUUACCUUGCGUCCCACGCCCUUUCGUUUGUCCACCCUGCACAGGUCACCCGUGUAUUACCUGUGCACCUAUACCUAAACCAGUCCCAGCUCCUUAUGAAGCCGGUCCUGUCUUCAGGGCACCUGUUAUUACUGGUGGAUUAUUUUACGUUGGAACAAUCAGGUGUUAUCCGUGUUUAUCAUAUGCUUGUUGAACCAUAUCUCGCCUAUUUUACACUCCAAUCCCAAAUGGUCCUUCGAAUAUAAUUAUCUCACGAAUAAAACAUUUAUUGUCCAGUGUUAAUGAUGUUUGAUCUGAACUUUGUGUUGUAUAUAAAUAAUAGUAUACAUUUCAUAUAUAAAUAAAUAUAAAACAAAUGUUCUUAUAACAAUAUUCAGCCUUUUCGCUCAAGAUAACCGCGCUAUUCAAUUAAUUUUUAGAAUUAAUAAAUCUCUAUUCAUUUUUAAAUUUACAAGUGAUUUAUGAUGGAUAAAAGAAUAUGUGAUCUCUGUCCACUAGAUCAUUUUAAUAGAAUCGGUUGCAUGGUAACGACAUGUAACUGGCCUUUAUUAAAUAUUGUUCAACAAAGAACUAAUCAACCAUAUUUACGAAAAAUAGAACCAAUAAAAGGUGUCAGAUUUAAACAACCUGCAAAUUCGCCACAACGUCACGGGUCAUGGACAAAUUUAAUGUACCGCCCUAUUGUGCAAGGAGGUUUCAGAUAUCGUGGUGUAUAUAAAUUACUUCCUCUUGAUCUUUCACCAAAUUCUCCUGUAUUGUCUCGACCUGCCCCUGUUCCACCUACAGAUUUUCGAGGAAUAACAGUAUAUUGUUGUCGAUAG